CUUGAUAAAAAAGGUAGAUCGUUAACUUUCAUCCAUAAAAUAUAUUGGAGAACGGAAUUUCCAGUAGAUCGUUAACUUUCAUCCAUAAAAUAUAUUGGAGAACGGAAUUUCCAGGAUUAUUUAUCCAGCUAAUGUUCUGGAAUUUCAGAUAAUUUCUUGUUGCUAAUCUUUCUUAUUGAUUUUGGCAUGUUGCUUAAACCUAGGGGUCACUGUUUGUCACUUCAGUUUCACGCAAAUCUUGCUGCUAUAGGCUUUUAGCCUGUAGAUGAUAUACCAUUUGUUUUUUCUUAAAUUGUGAUUUUCCACGAUGGAUCUAUUAGUUUGAUUGAGGAACCUUGUAAGUCUGCUCAUCUUGCUGCCAUGGACAUUGCUAAGAAGGCUGGUUGCCUCCUCUCUUGUGACCCAAAUUUGAGAUUGCCACAAUGGCCAUCUGAAGAAGCUGCUCGGAAAGACAUCACGAGCCAUGGAAUGAAGCUGACAUUAUUAAGGAGACCGUUUAAAUUAAGAGUUGGCUCUUGUGCGACAUAUUACAUAUUUACAUCAUUCCAGGCAGAAAGACAUUCAACUCCUUUUCGAGCUGCAAGAAAUAAUCAACUGACUUCUUUGCGCAACGUCAAGCAGGAAUUCAAGGGCAAAGUUUCUGGUGUUAAAGUUGAUGCUGUUGAUACAACUGGUACUGGUGAUGCCUUACUGAAUAUCUUGGCCUCAGACAUAGAUCUGUUUAAGGCUAUGGAUUUCAUUUUAAGCAGUAGGAUUUAUGUCCACACAGUGGGACUCAAACGCGAUGUAUAUAUAUGAUCCACGACGUUCUUCAUUAUCUGAAGGUAGAGUUGAACUGGAAACAUGCUGUUAUGUUGAGUUAUAGAUCGUGGAGGUAGAGUUGAACUUGGAAACAUGGAGCUCAGGCAGUAACUUCAAGCUGACUGCUUCAAAUCAAUAUCUUUCAAGAUGCAGGUGCUUUUCCUGCUUCUUCUGAUAAUUACCCUUGCAAGGUAGGACUUUUUAGCCUAGAAUGUGGUCUAGAAAAUAGCUGGAAAUCUUUUACGAGGUUGGAUUUUUUUAAUAUGUUUAAUUGGGGAAUUACACUCUUUUCUCGAAUCCAGUCCAAACAUCUCAAAUGCAUAAGGCCCUAGUUCUUCGCUUGGUCAUUAACAACUACAACAGUUGUUUAUCUGUUGUUGUCCAAACUUCAGACAGAAAACUGAUUCAGGCAGAGUAAUAAUGACUGAUUUGCAUCCUUGUCGGAACCCCCAAACCCCAGCUAACGGAAGCCAGAUAUUUUGUGUCCCCUAUUUAACGGUCAAAAAAUCUCAGAAGCAGGAUACAACUUACAUGUAAGCUCUCCAGGAGCACUCAAAUCCUUCCUACUAUUAUUAUUAAGAAAGACUGCGUGUAUUGUUUACCUUCUCAUAUUUUAAUGUAGAUUUAUUGUUUAAAAUUUUAA